AAGCACCACAAGGAGACGGUAAAGGGGAAAUUAAAGAGGAUUCUUCUUCAUCAUCUUCCAUAGACGAGACCUCCAAUAAUCUCCAUGGUUUUCGGGUUUUUCGCUACUUGUAUGACUGCAAUUUUGCGAUUCAAAGCUUCGCUUGAGGAAUCCAUCAUUAUAAAUAAAGUAUGUGGAACUGUUUAGGACAUCAAAAAGGAAAAUCUAUUGUAAAGAGAAAAGAUGGAACAAAAAAUAUUAUAGGACCAAAUCGUCCAAUUUUCGUGUUAUUUGGAUCAUCAAUAGUGCAAUUAAGUUACGACUUACAUGGUUGGGGUGCAAGCCUCACAAACCUUUACUCUCGCAAGGCCGAUAUUUUCUUGCGUGGAUAUAAUGGUUGGAACUCAAGGAUGGCUCUUGAUGUUUACAAGCAAAUUUUCCCUAAGGAUGCAAAAAUUCAGCCUUCUCUUGUCAUAUUUUAUUUUGGUGGAAAUGAUUCAGCAGAUCCUAAAUUUCCUUUAGGUGCAAAUGUCCCUCUUGACGAAUAUGUUGAAAAUAUGAGGAAGAUUGCGCUCCAUAUAAAGUGCCUUUCGGAAAAGACUCGUCUAAUUAUGCUAAGCGCUCCGGCAGUGAACGAGAAACAACUUGUUGAAAUUACGGGGGAUAAUCGAGGUAGAACAAAUGAGAGAGGUAAAAUAUACUCAGAAGCUGGUAUUAAAUUAGGCCAACAAUUAGGCGUGCCGGUUAUCGAUCUUUGGUCAGCCCUUUACGAACGCUCUAAUGUCUUCUGGGAUGGAAUGCAUUUAGCAAAAGAAGGAAGUGAGAUUGUGUUCAAUAAAAUCAAGGAUGUAAUAUCAAAGGCAGAGUGGGAGCCAAGCCUAGAUUGGAACAAAAUGCCUAAUGAGUUUGCCAAUAUAUAUGGGUGAAGGAGAGGAUAAAAAGGGGCAUUUCAGUGCACUAAAACUUCUGCUAUAUAAAGGGUCCAGAGAAGAGUCCGAUCACAAGAACCUAUUAUAUGUAGUCUUACUUUGCAUAAAUAAUAAAACGGAAACUUACAUAAAUACACUAUAUUGAGAAAAUAUUUAUCAUUUAUAGCAAUAACAUUUUUUUAAGACUUAAGUACUAGUCAAUUUCCCAUUUUCAUGUUUAGUGUGCAAAAGAUCAAUACCAUUAAAUGUUCCUAGGAAGUUUUGCCUUAUAUUGGGAAGGGUUUGCUUUCUUGUACAAUGUUUUUGAGUGUGCCAUAUAAUAUAGUGUAUUAUGUGAGUUUAUAAAUAUUCAAAUGAAAUAAUGAUUGUAAUCAAACUUAAAAACAAACAAU